AACAACCGAAACACGAUGAGAAUGAAUGUCAGCUUUUUAUUACUCGUGGGCCAUCCGUAACGUCAACGUCGCAAAAAUAGCGAGCAAGCGAAGCGAAUUAAACCGAAGGGAAAAAAUAUUAAAAAAAAUAGAAAGAAAAAAAAAACAACACCUCAAAGUGAAAAAUAUAAGGAAAGAAAUAAAACGGAAGGAACCAAAGGAAUUUCUUGAGAUUUUUCUGAUUAAAUAAUACAAACGAAAAAAUAGAGGAAAUUUUACGGAAAAACAAACCUUUUUGAAAAAUGUUUUAAAUUUUUCCAUAGAGAAAAGUGAAGGCGAAAAAAGGAAAAAAAAAAGAAAAUUGUUAUAUAAAUUUAAGAGGAAAUCCGAGAAACAGCAGCAGAAGAAAAAUAAUGUUAAUGAAGAUGAAGCUGGAAAAGUGGUGAAACGGAAAAAAAGUGAAUUACGGCAAACCCACAUUAAAUAACUUGCAAAGUGAAGAUAAACUAAUUUGGAAAAAAUAAAACUUAUUUUAAAACAAAAAAUAUUAUAUUUAAAAAAAUUAUUUAAAUAAUCAAAAAUAUUUAAGUGGAAUAUAAAAAACCAUAAAAUUAAACAAAAAUUAUUUAACAAAAAAUAAAUUGCAUUUAGUUUUACAAAUUAUAAAAAAAGAAACAUAACCUUAAAAAAAAUCUAAACCUACUCUAAAGAAUUUAUCAACAACACAAAAAUCAAACAAGUGGUAUUAAUUUUCAAAGUUAAGUUAAAAAUAAAAUUAAAUUUUGAAAAAAAAAAAAAAAACAACAACAACUAUUCUUCACAUUGUACCUAUAACAAAAACAACAACAACAACUUGCAGAUACCAUUUAAAUGGUCUUCUUAUCAUUUAUUUAUAAUUUAUCUGCUGGCGUAUUCUGAAUUAUUUAUUCAUUUAUUUUUUUUUUUUCGUGGAAAUAAAACAUCAACAACGGCCAUAGCAUGCAUAGACAACAACAAGAACAGCAACAACAACAACACCAGGGAGCGAAGAUUUUUCAUCUAAAGGAGAUUUUAUAAAAUGCACGUUAAACCAACCACCCAACGCAGAGUAAGUGGACCUGGAGCAUUUGGAACAUUCACCGACCAAUGUGCUAGCAGAGAAAACUUGUAUAGCAGUGAUCAACAGCAGCAGCAACAUCAUAAACAACAAACAUUACAGCAACAACAACAACAACAGAAACAUCAAGCCCAAGCCACAACAACAACUCAGCAGCAGCAACAACAACACCACCACCAUUCACAUCAACAGUUAUUGCGCCAGUCGUUGAUCAACCUCAGCGGUGCUCAGAACGUUCAGAGUACACCUCCGCUAUCCGGUAGUCAUUCGGACAACAACAGCUAUUGCAGCGCCAAUACAUCGCUCGAACCGGAACCCAAUUCCGCGCAACACCAUCACUACCCCCAACAACAAUCCUCGUCCUAUUCAUCCUCAUCGUAUCUCCAACAGAGUCCUCGACGUUCGCCAUCGCGUCAUCACAGUCCGGCGGCGCCCAACGUCGUCGGUGCCGGUGGUGGUAAACUCCACAAGUCCAUUUCGUGCAGUUGUGAAUCGUUGAAAUGUGCCGAGUCCUCGUCGUUGGCAGGAGGUCUUGAAACACCUUCGCCCUGCCUGGCAAGUGACCCCAGUUCGCGUGUGUGUCGUGAUAAUUUCGAUAGCAAUACCACCAAGUCGUUGAGUCGCAAUUUUCGGGAUUUAACCUCGGCGGACGAUCGACAACGGGAUAACAACGAAUUUUCUCUUGACCCCUCGAAGAAAUCGAUUAGCGGUGUUAGUGUCGCUGGGCCCCAGGCCAUUUCCAGCUCCGCCACACCAUCGUCCACAGGUGAUGGUGAUCGCCACUCGCUGGCCUACGGAGAUCCAACAGCCCUACGACUUUCCAAGCAAACAUCGUACGACAGCAGCAACGGCGCAGUCGCAGCUGGUGCUGCCGGCGCUGGAGGUUAUUCGCCCCAACUUCUGUCCUUAGCUGAUGCCCGUCACCAGCCAAACAAAACAGGAACACCAAACGCAGCCAAUCAGUCAUCACACCAGUACCUAGAGAGCACCAGCCCCACCAGCCGUCUCUCCUACAGCCCGAACAGCAAAAGCAGUAGUUUGGCCAUAGCCGAUGCCGAUUACCAGGACGCCCAACAAUCCGGCGACUUUACCCAUCUAGUGGUGCACAACUUCAGCAACUCGGAUCCAAUCCAUCAGCUAGACGAGUUCACCCAGUGUCCGGCUGCGCUGCUCAAGACCCACUACAGUGACGUGAACAUCUACGCCAAGAACGAACUCGACACGCACGCCGCCCAGCCCGACAAACAGCAGCUGGUCAACAAGGCCUACAUUUUCAAGUGCAUCGGCAACAGUCCCUCGUUCCUAAAGACCAACAAACAGCUCAAGGAGCAGUCGCGCAAGCUACGUAAUCUCUCGCUGAAAACCAAUCCGACGGGCAAAAAGAAAUCGCAGAUCCUAUCGAAAUCGAACGCCGUCUCCGACAACUCGCUGCAUCCGGGCGAUAAGUAUUUGAAUCUCUAUUUGGUGGAAAAGAAACAGAAGCAACAGCAGCAGCAGCAGACACCACCUGUGUCAUCUGCGGCCCGCCACAGUGCCCCCUUUGUGGUCAACGGAGCUGUGAAGCCGUCAUAUCCCACAUAUCGUUCCUCAAUCAAAAGCGAAACAGCCGUAAGUGCCGCCCUACAGCAGCAACAGCAGCAGGCAGCCAACGUCAAAGCCCGAGCCAGUGUUGCCUCAGUUGCCGGCGUCAACGUCAGUAGUCUUAGCGACCAUCCCCACACCUCACCCCCCUACGGCGGUUCAUCCAAUCCGGCAAUCAGUGGCGGCAGUGUCAAUUAUCCAACCUCAGCCGUCGCCACCGCCACAGCCGCCGCCGCCGCCGAUCCUUUCACCCACAAACGGCCACCCAAACCAGCCAAAAUUAACAACAAAGGCUGCAAUCUGGUCAACAACGGCACCAAACUCAGCGUCAGCACAAAUUCGUGCAAUCGUCUACAUGCCGGUUCGCCACAUGCGAUAUCACCGAAAAGCUCUGUAUCCAGCAACGGCCACCUCAACAAGUAUUGUCUGACGGACAUCAGCCGACGCAAGACCGAGUUCAAUCGCCAGCUAAGUGCCCCGACCGACUACACGUCGCACCACUCGUCGACGAGCAACGGGAACGGCAACGGUUCGCAUCACUCCCAGCAGGAGGUGCAUCGCGUUGGCGAGUCCACAUCGACGGUAGCCAGUGCCGCAGUAGCCGGCUCUGCCGCCUCCUCGUCAGCAGCUGGCCUCAAGUCGUCUGCCGCCCAUCUGUCACAGUCGCCGUCACAGCAGCAGUCACAACUCCAGCUGCAUCAACAGCAACAACAUCAUCUCUACCACCAGCAUCAGUUUCAUCCGCAUCCGCAUCAGCAUCUGUUGCAGCAUCAGCACCACCACUACCAACACAGUCAGCAGCAUUUACACCAACAACAAUUGCCGCCGCACCACACCGCGUCAACAACAACAGUAUUAACGAAACCGACAUCGAAUUCGUGCACGAAUAGUUUUAAUCGUCGCCACAUCAAGCGGCAGAAAAAUACGAAAUUAAAUGAAAGACUCUUGCGUCGUGAUAGCGAAGAUUCAUCCGUUCGAUGCUCGUACUGUUCUGUACUAAAUGUCAACGAGAACGAUUUGAGGAGAUCCUUUGAAAACACCUGCACCGAUUCAUUGGUAACAGCUUUUGAUGAUGAGGCUUUACUAAUAUGCGACCAAGGAAACGAAAUGGCAAGGACAAAGGUUCACUUUGAUGACGUAUCGUUGUACGGGACUCCGAAAGAGGAGCCAAUGCCUUCCAUCCCCAUUGUUUCGGAAAAAGUUUCAGCGAAUUUCUUGAAAAGUCAAUUGCAAUCAUGGUUUCAACCGACCGACAAUCGGUUGGCUAUGAAAUUAUUUGGCAGCCGCAAGGCGCUGGUCAAAGAAAGAAUACGUCAGAAGACUUCCGGACAUUGGGUUAUUCACCCAUGCAGUUCAUUCAGGUUUUAUUGGGACCUUUGUAUGCUUUUAUUAUUAGUAGCAAAUCUUAUUAUCCUGCCAGUCGCAAUAUCAUUCUUCAACGAUGAUCUAAGCACAAGAUGGAUUGCCUUUAACUGCCUAAGUGAUACUAUUUUUUUAAUAGAUAUUGUAGUCAAUUUUAGAACAGGAAUUAUGCAACAAGACAACGCCGAACAGGUCAUACUGGAUCCCAAGCUUAUAGCCAAACAUUAUUUAAGGACAUGGUUUUUUCUUGAUUUAAUCUCAUCGAUACCGCUCGACUAUAUCUUUUUGAUUUUCAAUCAGAUUAUGAAAUUGCAGGACUUCUCCGACUCAUUUCAAAUCCUACAUGCCGGUCGUGCCCUACGAAUAUUACGCUUAGCUAAACUCUUAUCGCUGGUGCGGCUGUUGCGUCUGUCGCGUCUGGUGCGCUACGUGUCGCAAUGGGAGGAGGUGUAUAUUCUGCAGAAUCUACAGAAAAAAAGUGCUGAUCGAAGAGGGAGAAUGCACAGAAAAGACAAAGAUGGCAUAACUAAAAGCAACCUAAUUUUAAAGUUUCUGAAUAUGGCUUCGGUCUUUAUGCGAAUUUUCAAUUUGAUUUGUAUGAUGUUGUUGAUCGGCCAUUGGAGUGGUUGUUUGCAAUUUUUAGUGCCAAUGUUACAAGGGUUUCCCUCGAACUCAUGGGUGUCGAUAAACGAAUUACAGGAGUCAUAUUGGCUGGAACAAUAUUCAUGGGCUUUAUUCAAAGCCAUGUCACAUAUGCUAUGCAUAGGUUAUGGCAGAUUUCCUCCCCAGUCCCUGACCGAUAUGUGGUUAACAAUGUUAUCGAUGAUAUCGGGCGCCACCUGUUAUGCUCUGUUCCUGGGUCAUGCCACUAAUCUUAUCCAGAGUUUGGACUCGAGUCGACGUCAGUAUCGCGAGAAGGUCAAACAGGUCGAAGAGUAUAUGGCAUAUCGUAAGCUGCCGCGUGAUAUGCGUCAACGAAUAACGGAAUAUUUCGAACAUCGUUAUCAGGGUAAAUUCUUCGAUGAAGAGUGUAUUCUGGGCGAAUUGAGCGAAAAGCUGCGAGAGGAUGUUAUCAAUUAUAAUUGCAGAUCUCUCGUUGCGUCAGUGCCUUUUUUUGCAAAUGCUGACUCCAAUUUCGUUUCCGAUGUCGUUACAAAACUUAAAUACGAAGUAUUUCAACCAGGUGAUAUUAUUAUAAAGGAGGGUACAAUCGGUACCAAAAUGUAUUUUAUACAAGAAGGUGUGGUCGAUAUUGUUAUGGCCAAUGGAGAGGUGGCAACAUCGUUAUCCGAUGGUUCAUAUUUUGGUGAAAUUUGCCUGCUGACAAAUGCCCGACGUGUGGCCAGUGUACGCGCCGAAACAUACUGCAAUCUCUUCUCACUGAGUGUGGAUCAUUUCAACUGUGUGCUGGAUCAGUAUCCGCUGAUGCGCAAGACCAUGGAAACGGUGGCGGCGGAACGUCUCAACAAAAUUGGCAAAAAUCCCAAUAUAAUGCAGCAGAAGGAUGAGCAGCUAAGUAAUCCUGAGUCAAAUCAAAUAACGGCGGUGGUCAAUGCGUUGGCAGCCGAGGCGGAUGAUUGUAAAGAUGAUGACAUCGACGCUAAAGAGAAUUUAUUGCAUGGUUCCAUGUCUAGCAUAACAGAGCCCAUACAAACCAUACGAGAAGGUCUACCCCGUCCCAGAAGUGGCGAAUUUCGUGCUUUAUUCGAGGGCAAUACUCCAUGACACUGAGAAAAGCUUUCGUCGGCGUCGACACCAACACUGCAGCUGUAUCAGUAUCACAAACAGCUGCUGGCCAUCAGUGUCUGUGGUGUACGGCGGGCCACACUGUGAAAAUAUAUCUAUCCCUCCUACUCCUCCCUACACCCUCUACUUCCUAUGAUAGAGCUAGCGCUACUGAUCAUCAAUUAGUUCACUUAACUUUCAUCAUCCUCAGCAUCACCUUCAUUGGCAUUACCUUUAGGAUAAAUCUAUUGAAAUACAACAGCAGCAACAAAAAAAAACAACAACAACAACAUCAUUAGCAUCAUCAGCCGCAGCAGCAAAACUAACAACAACAACAAAAAAGCAACAA